AUGUCCUGGCAAAGGCUUGUGGGCGGUGUGGAGGCUCUUUUGAAAGGCUCCUCUGACGACAUAGGGUGGCUGAAAAAGGACCAUGCGCUCCCCCCUGUGACGGAUGUCACUGACAAUUACGAGGCGAUUCUGGAGUGUGUCAUGAGUGGCAUCCAUGCGCUGCCCGACAACCUGGUCUACCUUUUAAUUCCGGGGUUAUUCAGCAAUCUUAGCCCGCUCUAUCUGUUUGACACCAAGAAGCAUUUUUCCUCCAUCGGCCUCGUCUGCCACAUUGCCAAGAUCCACAGCCAGGUGAGCGUCAGGUGGGCGUCAGGUGGGCGUCAGGUGGGCGUCAGGUGGGCGUCAGGUGGGCGUCAGGUAGGCGUCAGGGUCUUUUUAUUCUUUCAAUCCAUGACUCCUCUUUCCCUCUUCUCCCCCAUCCUCCCUUCCCUUUCCUUCCCACAAACACCCCUUUCCCUCUCCCACUCCCCCUGGCUCCCCAUAAAAGCCAACUCCACAGCUCCAAUAGAAGCCAACGCUAUAGUCAUCCGUGACUAUAUCGAAGAGCUUUAUUGGGCGACGAAGAAGAAGAUCUUGAUCUUAGGCCACAGCAAGGGCGCCAUGGAUGCAGCAGCAGCCCUCUCCCUCUACCAGCCCCUCCUGCUUGACAAAGUCGCCGGUCUCGUCUUCAUUCAGAGUCCCUACGGGGGAAGCCCUGUGGCAUCGGAUUUGCUCCGGGAAGGGCAGUGGGGUGACGUGGCAUCCCGCACGAUUCUUGGGAUUCUCAUGGAUAAGAUUUUCGGGGGGGAUAUCCGGUGCUUGGACGAUUUGACCCAUGCGAAAAGGAGGGAUUUUCUCGCGAAGCACCCGUUUCCGGUGGGGGAAAUUCCGAUACUGUCCUUUCAUACGGAGGCGAGUAAGGCGGCAGCAGUGGUGGCAUCGCUGUCGACUGUGGCGCAUACUGAAGUGCCGUGGCUGGCGCAGCAGAAUGCAAAGCUGGCCGUUGGAUUCCCGCUGUCGGCUGGGCUUGCGAUCGUGGCCGUCCAUCUGGAAUACAGGUACGGAGCAGCAAGCGACGGGCUGGUGACAAGGGCUGAUGCAGAGGUGCCGGGGUCAGUGGUGGUGCGGAGCAGACGGAAAUUAGACCAUGCCUUCAUGGUGUUCCCCCCCACCAGCGGAGUUGGGGGAGGGGGAGGGGGAGGUGGAGGGGGGAGUGGCGGAGGGGGGAAUGGGGGCGGGGGGAGAGGGGGAGGAGUGAGUGGGGGAGGGGGAAGUGGGGAGUCGGGAGCUGGGUCAGCGUGUGUGCAUGAGGCGAGUGCUGCUGAGAUGUGUGAGGCCCUGGCGACCACACUGCUGGCAACACUGCAGAUGCGGCCAAAAGAGGCCACCCCAUGA